UAGCAUUUCACCAAAGUUUUCAUGUACCACCACUACUAAUUAAGUACACUACUAGUUGUUUGUUGAAAGAAAGCAAUUCCUUUGAUCCCUAGCUAAAGGUGUACUAGUUGAAAGAAAGCAAUUCCUUUCUCUACCUAGCUAAAGGAAGGAAAAGAAAAAGAAAAAGGGAAGAGGAAAGGGAAUUAGAUUGACAGCAGACAAAAAAACAAAGGUAAGAAAAAUGGUGCAAGAUCAGGAAAUGAUCAGAAAGGGUCCAUGGACUGAACAUGAAGAUGUUCAACUGGUUUUCUACGUGAACUUGUUUGGCGAUCGUCGUUGGGAUUUCAUAUCAAAAGUUUCAGGUUUGAAAAGAACAGGAAAGAGUUGCAGGUUGCGUUGGGUUAAUUACCUCCACCCCGGCCUCAAACGUGGCAAGAUGACUCCCCAAGAAGAGCGCCUCGUCCUUGAGCUUCAUGCCAAAUGGGGAAAUAGAUGGUCAAGAAUCGCUAGGAAGUUACCUGGUCGAACUGAUAAUGAGAUAAAGAACUAUUGGAGGACUCAUAUGAGGAAGAAGGCUCAAGAGAGGAAAAGGGCUAUCUCUCCUUCAUCUUCUCUUUCGAAUUGUUCAUCUUCAUCAUCAUCAUCAAACAAUCCCACCACCGUGCAUUUGGAGCCGGUCACUGAGACCAAAGAGCGUACCUUCUACGACACAGGGGGACUUGACAAGCAGAGUGAAGCGGAGGAAGAGAUGGAAAAGGGUUACUCAAUGGAUGAGAUAUGGAAAGAUAUAACUCUGUUUGAAGAUGAGACUAUGAAACCUGUCAAAGAUGGCUUAAUUGAAGAUGGUGGUAGCUUUACUUGUCAGCCUUUGGCUUCUCCCAUAUGGGACUAUUGUCCGGACGCACUGUGGAUGAUGGAUGAUGAGAGUAAGAAGUUCCUUCCGAUAACUGAUUCCUUUUACAACGAGCAAGAGAGCGCGUUUCUAACUGGCUAAUUCAGCUUUUGCAAUAUUUAUUCAAUCUUUGUUCAUAUGUGUAAUAUUAAUUAAUGUCCUCCUAAGAAAUAUCCCUAACGUGUACCUAUAUAUCCAUCUUUAUGUUGCAUGUAGUUUUCCGAAAUAUCAUUGUAAUCAUCUCAUGCAUAAUUGUAGUCAGUGUCUAUGUAGUGUGUGCGCUUUCACUUUCAGGAUGAAAGCUGGAGGCUGUAUUGUUCAUGGAUAUGUAAUAUACAAUGUUUUAAGUCUUGUUGUAAA